GGGAAAUCAACUUGGAAACAUCUGGCUGAGGUAAGAUUCGUCUUGCCGUGCUUCUUCAUGAAGUACUAGUGGUGUUCAUUGAAAAAACGGAAAACGAGAUAGGAAUUAAGAGAGCCGUAAACCGUUUCCUGUGAGAUUGUUGCGAUCGAGCGAAAGAGAUAAAAGCCUUCAUUACUGAAACUCCUAAAUGCGAUUGUUAGAAUCCGACACCAGUUCAAAACACAGGGGCAGCCAACGACACCCAAGGAAAAUACAAAUACACAGGGGCACCCAAGGAAAAUAUCUGUUUGGAAGACGAUUUGAGAUCUAGAAGUUUCGGAACAUCUGUUAUUAAAUUUCUUGCUUACCUGGCUCUCCUAGGAUUUUCGAACACCCAAAAGAUGGUUUAAUUGCCCAUUUUUAACGGAUUUUCACCGUAAAACGGUCAACUAGAAUUUUCGGGAGCCUUUUUCGCGCUAAAAUUUUCGAAAAGGUUAAGUUUUGAUCCCUGUAAUUUUCGGUUCACUAGACUUCCAGCUAGGAAAUCCGAACAGAUGAAAAAUUUUUAGGGGAUAAAAAUGUGCCUGUAUCUACUGUUUAAAUACUAACAUACGUUCAACGAUGCUAUUUUUAAGUGGUUUUGAACUAUAUUCUCGUUGGGUAAACCUGAAAACACUUUUCAGAGCAUAAUUUAUAUUUUAUCAAAAAAUCGUUCUUAGUAAACUAUUUUCAAAUAUAGUAUUAAAAUUUCCAGCGAGACUCCGUUUUAGCAAAAAAUAGGAAACAGAAUAAUUAGGAAACUCGAAAAUGGAUCCCUUGUCCUACAUAAACUGAAUAAAGAGAAUCUGGCCGAAGGUCUCGUGAAAAUUAUGCAAAUUAGGGCAUUUUCUAAACGUUCGUACAAAAACAACGAAGUUUGUCUUCGUUUUUAUAGUUUUGAAUAAUUUGUUACGCAUUUCUCGAAGUUACAGUCAAGCUUUAUUGUAUUUAAUUAGGAUUUCCUUCAUAUUCUACCCUCGCAAAGAAGGUAGUGUUUUGUACUUUGUUGAAACAGUGAGUUUUACCUCCUUUCAGGAUGUUAGGAUAUCAAGGGUAUGUAAAUUUAGCGUUUGUUAAAGGGCUCUUUUCAACAGGGCGCGCGCAGCAAGCUUGCAGUUGGGGGAGGAGGGGGCCCACUUCGAAAGGGUUAGCGUGAGUCAAGCAGGGAAGUGCUGGGGCAUGCUCCCCCAGAAAGUCUAACAAAUUUAUUUGGACUUAAAGUCCUCUGAAAUGGCUGGAAAUGCAUUUAAAACUAACAUGGUAUUGUGAAAAUUCUGUAUUUUCAGCAACAAAAAAGCGAUGUCUUAAAACAACAAUUUAUAUUUCCGCUUAACUUAUCAUAACUGGCAAUUAGUAACGUAUCGCCAUAUCCACAAAGCUCAACUCAACAUACGAUUGCCCUCGAGACAGCGGUACAGCGAUUUUAACUCAACAGUGCCAAAAUGAAUUUCAGGAAAGCUAACAGUGUAACUACACUACCGAAAAACCAAGGUAACGGCUGGUUGUCAAGACAUCUUUAAAUCAGAUUCUUUAAAACUGCCAACAUUUGUGCAGUAGCGCCUUUCUUGCUCAUAUUACCAUAGACCAGGGCCACAGGACUGAAUGACCCAGGAUACCAUUAUUUUAUAUUGUAUCGUAAAUUUGCAGCAAUGAAAGUGAAACUACUGUUCUUCUUUUCUUUCGUUCUAGCAUCAGCUGGUUUAGUUCGUCUCAUCGCCGCCAUAAAUAACUUUCGCAGCCACUGAACUCGAGCUCCCAACAGGUAGGAUUUUUUUCCUGUGAAACGUCUUAUAUACCAAACCCGCUCAUUAGUUCUGAUCGAAACGCACCAACUUUUAAUUUAGCCAUUUUCCUGUGAGGUCCGCUUAGCGAACAAAAAGUCAGACAGUUAAGUUCUACAUCUCGUCGUUCAAUGCUGGGCCGGGAUACUAGUAAGAAAAGCUAAUUAACAACCCUUGUCCGCUGUGAAUAAUGAGGGGCGGGCUCCCCGUGCGUUUUAUACUGUAUCAGUGGUAAACAAGGCCGAGUUAUUUCAAGACAAAGAAAGAAUUUUAAUUAGACGAAAAAGCCACUUACCAUAAGCAUUGGGAAACAUACACUUUUUUCAAUUUCCUCGUCUGUUAGGCUAUCCGAUGUCCUAUGCAUGCUUCCCAAUCCCUUGGCUUUAAUUUCCUUUUGUUUUGCUCUCAGAGUAGCCAUUGUAGUUUUAAACACAGCGUCAGUAAAAAUUGUGAAGCCGUACUGAGAGAGUUCUGCUUUUUCGGAUAUCUCUGGAAGCUUGAAAGAAAACCUCUCAAACUUGUUGGUCCAUGGUCUGAGCCAUCUUUUUUUUCUAACGGCAAAGAUGAAUUUCGAAAGGUGGUCGUUCAUAACUUGUGAUGAAACUGGCUCAUGAAGAGAUGUUGAACAAAGCAAGCUAGGGUUUGAUGUCUGAAUGAAAUUCUUGAAUAACUCAUACGGUGUUUUCCUCUUUAUAUUCGUA